UCCCAGAAUUCACUGCGGUGCGCAGAUUCUAGCGCGAAGGUGAGGGAGCGCUCGUGUACUAUAAUGAAGGUUAGGUCUUCACCGACAACACCGACGGUUUGAAACUGAGUGAUUUCGAAGAACACUUUCAUCAUUUUGCUUUCUCAAGGAUUUUUUUGUUAUCGUCAAUUCAAAUCGACGACUGCGAGGUGAAAUAAUGCGUUGCGUAACACAGUGCAGAUCAUGGUCACAUGGAAAAGCCAGACUUUGUGUAUUUCUACUGAGUACUACAGUUCUCUCGUCACUUUUCAUCUACCUGAGAUUUUCAACUUCUGAAGGUGACAUAGAGGACACAUACCCAUUCAGGCAAGCAAGUGCCCAACUACAUCUUAUCAUCCAGUUUCCAGUUUUGUACACUUCCGGUAAAGUCGAAGAUCAUGUCUUAAAGCGACAAGCAGAGUAUAUCUACAGUCUGCAAAAAAAUCUGCAGAGUCCACAUGUUGCAGCAGUUCAUAUUCUCUGUGAAAAAGACAAAGACCCCAUUUUCAUAAAAGCACAGAAUUUGGAACAAGAUUGGAAACUAGACUUCAUCAUUCUUGGUCGACGCAUGCACUAUAAAGAUGCCUUUGAAUUUGCCUCAAAACAUUUGAUUCGAAAAAAUGUAAUGGUUAUGAACUCUGACUGUUAUGUACAUAGAGGAUAUGAAAAACUGGAUGAAAGUAUUUUGAGUAGGAAAACAAUGUAUGCUCUCACCAGGCAUGAAAGUGAAGAAAAUAUUCGUCUCUGUGAUGCCACAGAUUUUUGUGGACCAAAGUCAAAAUAUCAAGGAUCUCAUGAUGGAUUUCUGUUCAGACUUCUUGCACCAGUUUCCCCUUGGUUAUUGGACAAGAUUGACUAUCGCCCAAACAUUGGAGGCAUUGAGCAAGUUUUGAUUUUCAACUUCAGAAAAUAUGGAGGCUUUAAAAUAAAAAAUCCUUGUAAGAUCCUGCAUAUUGUUCAUCAUCACUGCAGUGGGGUGAGAAACGAGACUGAACGUGUUUUUCAAGGUCAACGUAUUGAUGACUAUCUUCAUGUUGCACAGCAUGGAAAACUUGUUUUGGCGGAGUUUUCUGGUUUAUAACAUGUUGUUUGAGUGUCAUUAAAGGAAACUCCUCUGGAGAUAGUUCUAGUGUAUUAGGAUGGGUUUGAGUUAGAAACAAAUUGCAAAAUACACAAAUGCAUGUAAGUUUUUAAGUGUCUAAACAGCUUAGUACCUUAAUAUCUGUGUCAUAUUCUUUAGAAAAAUUGCAAUGUACACCUAAGCCUAAACUUAGCCAUGGUAAAGACACUUUAAGGCUCAAUCCUUAGUUACUCAUUACCUGCCAAAAAUUUAA